GAGGGGGGACUGAAUGGCUUGAGAUUGCGAUGGGCAGGCAUCUGGGAGGUGGCCGGGUGUGCUGUCGGCUGACAGGCCUUGGUCAUCGGUGCCAGGGUGUCAGCGUGGUGGUCAUCGCGGACGUGGACCACCUGACGCCAGACGGCAGGAGACGGUAGGAGAGACCAUGUCGCGUGACUCGGUGUUCUCUCUGACAGAGGUGGCCGAUGUGGGCGAAGGCGAGGGCAGGCCACUGCCACGGCCGUCGGUGUACACGGCGGCUCUGCUGAGGGAGGCGUUUAUGGCGGCGGCGGCGAGCGGAGGCGACAAGGCCGGGUCUGACAACGGAGGCGCCGGCGGCGGAGGCGGAGGCGCUGGCGCUGGUGGGAGUGGCGGCGGUGGUGGCGUUGUUGGGACCGGGAUGGUGGCGGGGGCGGGAACGGCAGUGGCGGGGCCGGUGGAGACCAGCGAUGGCAGAGCGGUUGCUCCGCCGCCGGACGGGAAGGGCGAGCUGCUUCUGCCGGUUCGCGACCUGCCGCUGGCGCUCAAGCUUGUCGGAUACAUGGACGCUGAGAUCCGCGGCAUCGUUGCUGCGUAUCCGGAGCGGUUGGGAAGGCUGGCGGCAGAUCUGACCAGCAAGGCGGAGUCGGGCGCCGGUGAUGAUGGCGGGCAGGCUGGCUUGGCAGCGAGUACGUUGUCUGUACCGGAGGCGUCCCCGCGGCGGCUGGUGGUUCCAGGCAUGGGCGAGCUUCGCGACCUGAACAACUCGUGGAUGCACUUGCUGGCGGAGCGGAAGCAGGCGCAGCGCGACGGCAGCGGGUCGCCACCGCUGAUCAGCGGCCCACAUAGCCCUCGAAGCCCACGGAGCCCGCAGAGUCCGCAGUCACCAGGCUCGCCAAGCUCGCCGCCGCAUACAGCCCGGCAGCGAGGGAGGCGGUCGCGGGCGCCUUCGAUCAGCGUCGACAAUCCGCUGACCUUUGCCGAGUUUUGCCAGUUUGCCUCGGGCUCAAUCGCGCCAUCUCUCUCGUCCGACUCUGUUCUGGAAGCCUUCCGGGUCUUCUCGUCGGCGACGCAAGAGGCCGGGCUUGUCCGCAAGCGCGAGCUGAAGAAGCAUCUUGUGCACCGGCUCGCGGGCACGUUUUCGGCCGCCGAAAUCGAGGAGGUCCUCUCGGAGUUUUGCCCAAACGCUUCUGACUAUUUUGACUACGAGGCCUUUACGACCGCGCUCUUUGAUGCCGAUCCGUAUCCGACGAGCUGACGGACCGGGCGCGGCGUGGUCUGCCUUGAACGCACGCGCACAUGAGUGCGGCUGAUGGGAUGGAGCGUAGAAGCGUCCUGCCUCGUGGACCAGUAGCCACCCAGCCCAGGCCGUGGCCCGUCCCGGGUGCCAGCCAAUUAAUUGCCAUGCGUCGUACGUGUGCCGAGUGACGCAAAAAGACAGGUUUCUGC